ACUCGGAUAGGAUCCCAUUCGACCGAAAAGACAACGCCAAUAAACUGCCACCAGACAUGGCUUAUCACUUUACGAAGGCCAACGUUUCGUUGUGGUUGCUAGUGUUCUGUGUUUUCGGUAUCCUUUCCAGUCGUAUCGAAUCGGUGGAUGGCCAAAGAUUCUGUGGCAAAGUGCUUACGGAUACACUCACCGCUUACUGCGAAAUAUUUCCCACUCCUCGUCCAAGCAAGCGUCGAGUGAUGGAAGCAGCCGACUUCCGGUACGUUUUGUUCCCGAACUUGCCACCGGCGCUCGAUGGCCAAUCGAAUGAUCCUGAAUCGCUCCGUUCGAUGCAAAAAAUGAACACGGAUUCCAAGUGGAUGAGAGCAUUUUAUCGCAUCAAAGAUGGCGCCAACUAUGACAAAACUAAAUCAAGGGUGGCAGACAAUGACGAUGAGUUGGCUCCGGAUGGCUUUCAGCUGGGAAAACGAGGAGUUGUAGACGACUGUUGCUACAAACCCUGUACUUUACAGUACCUGUUGAAAAAUUACUGUGGUUAGCAGCAUGGAUGACAUGCUUUGCCUUUUUUGAAUGUGAUUUAUAUGUAUUCAGCUCCAAGAAAUUUGAUAGUGCUGUGUCUAAAUGUGAUACUAUGAAUUAAUCAAAGCUUAAUAAAAAUACAGAAUACAGCCAUUCAAUGGCAUGUUUAUAUUUGAUGUAGCAAAAUCUGAAAAUACAAAAAAAAAAAAGAUAUUCCGCUAAGCAAAA